AAAGCGGUAAAUGAAGCCCUUACCGACUUUAGAAAUAAAAAUAAACACCGCACUAGUUUCUCUCUCUACAAAUCCACAUUAAUCCAAUCUCUCUCUUUCAAUUCGACUGCAUCUUUCUCAUGGCCUUGUCUCGAAUUCUCUCCCCAUCCCUCCCCCGAUCCUCCCUCGCCCACCCCACAGCCCUGCUCACCGCCCAUCGCCACCGCUCCACCAAAUCCCACCGCGCUCAGCUCGUUGAAAUCGACGCCGAACAGCCCGAUUCCCCGGAGGCCACCGCCGAGGUCAUCGCCUUCGGCAUCCGGAAGCUCGAGGACGCCAUCCACAGCAUUAUCGUGCGCCGUGCUGCGCCCGAUUGGCUCCCUUUCCUCCCCGGCUACUCCUACUGGGUCCCGCCCCGCGCCUCCUCCUCCUCCCCCUUCAACACCGACCAACCCGCCGGCACCAUGAUGGAGGUCAUAGGAAAAUUGGCUUCCUCGGAUAUGGUAAUGUAUCGGGGCCCCGCGGCCGAUGUGUUGUCCGACGAUGAACAGAAGGCCUUCAGUUCGUCCAAGGGCUGGCCCUCCUCCGCUUUUUAUCUCCAAGAGACUUCACCAGUUCAUCCAAUUCCUGUGGUAAAAUUAGAGAUGAAGAUCCAAGAUAAAGACGAACAAGUGAAAAGCCGAUCCGACUCUGAGGAUGAGGAAGGAUGAGGAUUUUAACACAUUAGACCAAUCCGGGUGAGGCUUUUAACCAAUGUCAAUAUUCGAGGCACGACACGAGGAGGCGAAAGAGGAGAAAGGGGCAGGCAGAAAACUGUGUAUAGAUGGAUCCUUGAUAGAGAGUUGAAGUCUCAUCUCUCACACGCUUCACUUUAUGCAGCACCCGAUUGUGCCUGUGACUGAGAGUGAGUGAAGACUGUAUAUUAUCGAACUUAAUUAGUCGAUAUAUUCUAUCUGCUCUGUAAUAACUAAUAAUAAGCGAUUAAGGUUAAAUGCAUUUCUGUAGCCAUCACAGAAUUAUGAUGUUGUUUGGCUAGUUUAGUUUUGUAUAUAUAUUGGCCUUCUCCUUUUAUUUAUGCAUUGCGUGCUAGGAUUUUGCAAUUUCAAUUGUAAAUAUUUAUGAGUAUUGAUUUUGUUCCUCUAAA